AUGGCCAUGGAGAACAGUCAUGAGCUCGAAAAUGGCGAUGGAACAACGAAAAGCGACCAGAAUUUUCUGGAGAAGGAAGCAGAAGAAGCGGACGAUGAAGCUAAUAAGGGAAAAGAAGUAGAGUCGGUAGAGAUGAUAUUUAGGGACACGGUGGUGCCAUCAUGGAAGGGGCAGUUGACAGUGAGGGCUUUCGUGGUGAGCGCGAUAUUGGGUGUCGUGUUUAGUUUCAUAGUAAUGAAGUUGAAUCUAACGACAGGGAUCAUCCCGUCUCUAAAUGUGGCUGCGGGUUUAUUAGGGUUUUUCUUCGUGAAGACAUGGACGAAGGUACUUGAGCAGUGCGGGUUGUUGAAGCAUCCAUUUACCAGGCAGGAGAAUACUGUUAUCCAAACUUGUGUCGUUGCCACUUCAGGGAUUGCGUUUAGUGGUGGUUUUGGGAGUUAUCUAUUUGGAAUGAGUGAUACAAUCGCGGCACAAUCAUCCGAUGCAAACUCACCAACACGAGAUAUGAACAUCAAGAACCCAAGCUUGAGCUGGAUGAUCGGUUUUCUCUUCAUUGUUAGUUUCAUCGGCCUUUGCUCCGUAGUUCCACUACGAAAGAUCAUGAUUAUCGACUUCAAGCUCACAUACCCAAGUGGGACUGCAACUGCUCACCUCAUUAACAGCUUUCACACUCCCCAGGGUGCUAAACUUGCAAAGAAACAAGUGACGGCACUAGGGAAGUUCUUCUCAUUCAGCUUCUUAUGGAGUUUCUUUCAGUGGUUCUUCGUUUCUGAGGAUGAUUGUGGCUUUGAAAACUUCCCUACUUUUGGCCUCAAAGCUUACCAGAACAUGUUUUACUUUGAUUUUUCAACUAUGUAUGUUGGGGUAGGGAUGAUAUGUCCACACCUUAUAAACAUCUCCUUGUUGCUUGGAACAAUCCUUUCAUGGGGGAUAAUGUGGCCCCUCAUCGAGAAGAAAGAAGGCGACUGGUAUGAAGCAGGUCUUAAACCCAGUAACUUCCAUGGCAUCCAAGGUUACAGGGUGUUCACUGCCAUCGCCCUGAUCCUAGGAGAUGGACUCUAUAACUUCCUGAAAGUACUUGGAAACACUUCGAUUGCGUUGUAUAAACAACUCCAGAACAAAGAGUCACGCACCGUUCUUCCUGUGGGUCCAGAUGGCAAGGCAACCUCAGAAGACUUAGUGACCUCAUUCGACGACCAAUGUAGAAAGCAAGUGUUUUUGAAGGAUCGGAUCCCGACAUGGUUAGCUGUAGGAGGAUAUGUCGCCAUAGCUGCAGUUGCCACGACUACCCUCCCUCAAAUCUUCGAACAACUAGAAUGGUAUUAUGUGCUUGUGAUUUAUGUCUUCGCGCCUGCAUUAGCAUUUUGUAAUGCGUACGGGUGCGGGCUCACAGACUGGUCAUUGGCUUCAACGUACGGGAAGUUAGCUAUUUUUGUUAUUGGGGCGUGGGCUGGGAAGUCGCAAGGUGGUGUCUUGGCUGGACUAGCUGCAUGUGGUGUGAUGAUGAAUAUUGUUUCAACAGCUUCUGACCUAAUGCAGGAUUUCAAGACUGGUUACAUGACCCUGGCUUCCCCCCGGUCCAUGUUCGUGAGCCAAGUGAUUGGAACCGCAAUGGGUUGUGUCAUUGCACCAUGUGUGUUUUGGAUCUUCUACCAAGCUUUCCCGGAUAUGGGGGUUCAAGGGUCCGAAUACCCUGCACCAUAUGCUCUCGUUUAUAGAAACCUUGCCAUCUUAGGUGUCGAAGGAUUUGGCUCGCUCCCCAAACACUGCUUGUCGCUUUGUUACGGUUUUUUUGCGGCGGCGAUACUCAUAAAUGUGGCUCGAGACACUGCUCCCAAGAAGUGGGCACGAUUUAUUCCGAUUCCAAUGGCGAUAGCCAUUCCAUUUUACAUUCAAAAGCCAUUUGCUAUCGAUAUGUGUCUAGGGAGCUUAAUACUUUUCAUAUGGGAGACGAGGAACAAAGAAGAAGCGAAAGCUUUCGGACCAGCAGUGGCUUCUGGUUUGAUAUGUGGUGAAGGACUCUGGUCCGUGCCUAAAUCCAUACUGGCUUUGUUCAAGGUGAGCCCUCCUAUUUGCAUGAAGUUUUUGUCCAAGGGUAUGAACGUUAAAGUUGACGAUUUUAUAUCGACGCUAAGUCGUUAG